CCAGGAACUGUGGGGGCACCUGUUUCGCCCGUGGACGCUUUCAGCCUUCAUUCAAUGCUGUACCAAUAUCUCCCUCUUUUCUUCUCAUUCAACCCUUCCUUGACUUGCUCCUCGUCCUCUGUAAUUUCUUCUUCUUCCCUCCUCGUCUCCUCUUGCCCUCCUUCAUCGUCUUUCCAGGUAAAACCAGAAAUGGAGUGUGUCGAAGCGAGGGCGUUGAAAACCAGUUUGUUGCCGGAGAUGGCUUUGAAAUCGAACCAACAAGUGUCUUGGGAUGAUGAGUGGUAUGUUAAUGGCGCAAAUGGUGUUGCAGGGGAUGAUUUUUUUGUGGACGACCUUUUUGACUUCUCUAAUGGGGAUGUUGGAGGGGGGCUGGGGCUUUUUGAGGAAGUAGAAGAAGAAGAAGAAGAGGAAGAAGAGAAAGAUUGUGCCUCUGUUUCUUCUCAAGAACAAGGGGAAAACGAUAACUGCAACUCUAUCGCUUUUUCUGUGAAAGACGAUUUUGGGUGUGUUCCCGGCAGUGAACUCAGCGUUCCGACGGAUGAUUUAGCGAGCCUCGAAUGGUUAUCUCGUUUCGUGGAGGAUUCUUUCUCAGGAUUCCCGCUACCUUGCCCAGCCGGAAAUCCAACGGACAAAACCCAAGGUGAGACGUUGAACCGGCCCGAACCGGAACCCGGAAUAACACCACUUAAAUUCCCGGUUUUCCAAACGCCGGUACCAUGCAAGGCGAGAAGCAAACGUGCGAGAACCGGCGGAAGGGUUUGGUCCCUCGUGUCUCCUUUGCUCAGGGAGUCUUCUUCUUCUUCGUCGUCAUCAUCUUCUUCCUCUUCGUCGUCCUCUUCGACGUCAUGUCUCAUGUUGACCAACAGCGGCCAAAACCUGGAAUUGUUCGACCAUUCCUUAAAGCCGCCGGCGAAGAAGCAAAAGAAGAAGCCGGUUACAGAGACGGGUGGGCCCCAACCGCCUCGCAGGUGCAGCCAUUGUCUUGUUCAGAAGACCCCACAGUGGAGAACCGGUCCGCUGGGGGCCAAGACCCUCUGUAACGCUUGUGGGGUUCGUUACAAGUCCGGUCGGCUCUUGCCGGAGUAUAGACCGGCUUGUAGCCCUACGUUCUCGAGCGACGUUCACUCUAACAACCACCGCAAGGUUCUGGAGAUGCGACGGAAGAAAGAGAUGAUGAUAGGUGGGCCAGAAUCCGGAUUGGCUCCGGCGGUCCAGAGUUUCUGAAGCUUUAGACAGUAAGACAAUCCGGUUCGAACCGUUUGGGUUCGAGUGUAUAUUUUCUGUAGUGGAUGCUGAUGCAGUAGGUGUUUAGCCAUGUAACGGAAUUUAGAAUUGACAGUUUUUUCAAGUUAGUUUCCCUUUCAUAUUUUUAGUGGUUUUUACAUAAAUUUAUUAUUUGCGAUUUUACUUACAGAGAAGAUAAACGAGAAAACAGAGAAGAAAGAUAUCA